GUUUCCAUAGUGAUCUACGCAAACAAUAAGAUCAGUGGAGGGAGUUUACCUGAGGAUAUCGCAGAGUAUCCUAUCUAUUAAAUGUAUUAUUUUGUUUAGAUUGUAAUCUUUUAGUUUAACGAUCGAUUGAAAGCCGCAAAUCCUAGAAUCUGCCUGUCAUCCAUCACUCAAGAAUGGAGAAGGUGUGCAGUGAGAGACAGCCUCAACCAUAUCAUAACGGCAGGAUGAGGUGGUCCCAGGUGCUUGGCGUGUGUGUGGUGUUGGAGGACUCAGCCGACCAGCUCGCCGUUCUCAGUCACAUCAUGGUGGAGCCGAGGACCAAUCAGAAGCAGGGGGAGUGGCAAGAGGACCACCUGGAUAAGAUGGACCGAGACAGGCAAUAUGUGAGAGAGGUGAUAGGCAGAGCGGUGUCUGAGCUGAGAGCGAGACAGUUGUACUGCAGUCUUCUCCAGGAUGUGCAAGAAGAGGCAGCGGGACGAGCUGCCCUCCAUGAUGUCAUCACCAGAGCAGAGGAUGGUUUCAGGAGGACAGACCAGCUGCAGAAACAUCUGCAGAACGUCCACCAACAAGGCAGCCUGGACCUCCAGCGACGGGAGGAGCUGGCGGCCGUCCUGCAGGACAGUCUGCAGGAGGUGAAGGAGAGGACGAGUCGGGAGGGCCGCUACGUGGGCUCCAGCGGUCAGCUGCUCCUCUUCCAGACCAACAAACUCAACAGCAGAGCUCAGACCACACUGGAGAACCGCAGCGCAUUGCUCCUGAUUCAGCUGGAGGAGGAGCAGAGGAAUCACCAGGUGUCAAUCACCUUCCUGAAGGAGCAACAGAGGAUGCUGGGAGAGAGGCUGGAGGAGCUGAUGGGGAGGUACGAGGAGGCGCUGGAGGAGAAGCAGGAGGAGCUGGGCUCCCUGAAGACCAGAAGGACCCAGAACCUGCUCCUCCUGAAGGAGCUGGCUCAGAAGUAUAGAGAGAGUGAGCAGGUUGUUAUUCAGGAUAGGGUUGAGAAGGAGAAUCUUCGCAGGAGGCGGGAGUAUGAGGAGCUGCAGAAACAUGCUGCUACCAAGAUCCAGGCGUGGUGGCGGGGCUGUGCGGUUCGCCGCGGGCCCUUGAAGCGAGGGAAGACGAAGGAGAGCAAGAAGAAGACGAAGAAGAAGAAGAAGACAUGAACUUCCUCAUCUUACAGUCAUGGAAACCUUGGGGGGCAUUCUUACUGCAUUCACAGUCUCUGGAUAUUUCAAUGAUGUCAAACGCAAUUAAAGGAAUGUUGGAAUGUUGACGACAGAGUCAACAAGAAUACAA